UCAAAAGAAAGCUAAAGCAAAAGCGCCGGAAAAAGAAAAGCAAAUGAUGCCUCCCGACUCUUCUUCAAGAGAAAGCAAGGAAUCGAUCUGUGCUGCAUCGUCGCGGUUCAUGCCAUUGCCAAUAUCCUCUUCCCCCAGCACGGGGUGUUCUUUCAGCUGUCGGCACCCUCUAGUCUCACCUGCAUUGCGCGCGCGCGCAGCGCAAAAAUGGCACCGCCGCGUUCGUGCCAGCUGGCCGCCUUGCUCGUCCUAUGCGCGUGCACCGUGGCGCCGCCCGCUCCGGCCGCCGGCGCCAGCGUCCCGAUCACGACGUGCCGGUCCUUCUGCGGCAACAUCACGGUGGACUACCCGUUCGCGCUGCACCCCGGGUGCGGCCACGCGGGGCUCCGCGACCUGCUCUUCUGCAUCAACGGCGCGCUGAUGCUGCACCUCCCCUCGGGCUCCUACCGCGUCCUCGACGUCGACUACGCCUACCGGGGGCUCACCCUGCACGACCCGGCCAUGUCCGACUGCCGCGCGCUCGACCGCACCCCGGGGGGCCGGGGCAACGGCUUCGUGCUCGAGCCGUGGCGGGAGCCGUACCUGUCGCCGGACCCGGACAACGUGUUCCUCCUCCUGGGCUGCCGCGCCACCUCGCCGCUCUUCCAGGGCUUCCCCGACCGGCACCUCCCGUGCCGGAACGUGUCCGGGAUGGGCUGCGGGGACUUCCUCGCCUGCCCCGCGUGGGACGACUACUACGCCGGCGGGCGGCGGCCCCCGGGCGACGACGCCGCGUACGGCGACGCCGUGGGCACCGGCGCCCCGCCCGAGUGCUGCGCGGUUCCCUGGGCCGCCAUCCGGGCGGUGAACGUGUCCCGGCUGGAGUGCGAGGGGUACAGCAGCGCGUACAGCCUCGCGCCCGUGCGCGCGGCGGGCGGCGCUGCCGGCUGGGCGUACGGGAUCCGGGCGUCGUGGUCGCUCCCCGAGUCCAACCGCGGGUUCUGCGGCGCGUGCCGCGCCACGGGCGGGGCGUGCGGCCACGACAUGGAGAGCCACGCCGACCUGUGCCUCUGCGGGGACUGGAACUCCACCUCCAACUGCGACUCCUCGGCCGACGCGGCGCCCUCGGGCGCCGCCGCCCGUUCCCCGGAUGCCGUCGCCGCGGUUCGCUGGGCCGUCCUCGCCUCAGGAUUGACAUCACUGUGGUGGCACGCCUUGAGAUCAAACUUGUUGUAGAUUGUGGCUUCCCGUUUCGAUCGACGACGGCUGAUGUAGUGUUUUUGCUGGUAUAUAGUCAAUAGUUGCUUCAAACAAGUGGUGCGUGCUGCGUAGAGUACUGUAGUAGUGUCCUUGAUUGUGCUCCAUAACUUUCACCGGAUGAUUUUCAUUUUCAAGCAUUA